AUGUCGGCGGCGGGGAGCGUGUGGAAGGCGCACGCGGCCAUGGCGGCCGUGCAGCUGUUCUACGGCGGCUACCACGUCAUCACCAAGGUGGCGCUCAACGUCGGCGCCAACCGGCUCGUCUUCUGCCUCUACCGCGACCUCAUCGCCAUCACGAUUCUCGCGCCCGUCGCCUAUUUCCGGGAGAAGAGACUGAGACUGCCAUUAAAUAAGCACCUUUUAACGACAUUCAUGUUCCUUGGUUUAACUGGGAUUUUCGGAAACCAGCUUUUGUUUCUUUUUGGCCUUGGGUAUACAGAUCCAGCUUAUGCUGCAGCCAUACAGCCUGCUAUCCCAGUCUUUACAUUUGUGUUAGCUGUUAUCAUGGGUACAGAAACAGUGAACUUAUGGAAAAUUGAAGGCCAAACAAAGUUAGGAGGCACUUUUGUUUGUGUGUCUGGUGCCAUUCUAAUGGCUAUGUUCCGUGGUCCAGCUGUGUUUGGACACGACGAAGCAGAUUUUGCCUCAAAUGGGGAGAUAGGAGCCAAGGGUCAGCCAGAGCCUCCGGCUUGGUUGAUGUCUACUUCAAUGGGGUUAGGGAUUGACAGUUGGAACCUUGGGGUUUUAUGCUUAAUUGGGAACUGCAUGUGCAUGGCGGCUUAUCUGGCGUUUCAAGCUCCAGUUUUGACCAAGUAUCCUGCAAAUAUAUCAGUGACGGCCUAUUCAUAUUUCUUCGGUGUACUUUUUAUGAUAGCGACUGCAUUCUUUUUGACUGAUGAGUCAGCAGAAUGGAAGCUCACAAAAUCAGAGGCUGUAGCAGUUUGCUAUGCUGGAAUAAUAGCAUCGGCCCUGAAUUAUGUGAUUAUGACAUGGUCAAACACGAUCCUUGGUCCUGCCUUGGUUGCUAUGUAUAAUCCACUUCAACCUGCUGCAUCAGCUUUUCUCUCCAAAAUUUUCCUGGGAACCACGAUAUAUUUGGGAAGCAUUCUUGGAGGAAUACUGAUCAUAGCCGGGCUUUAUAUGGUCACUUGGGCAUCCUACUCAGAAAGACAAUCGAGCCUUUUAAUUCCUCCUGCUGCUCAUUCAUCUGAACCACUCAUCAAUAGGCAUUCAUCUUGGGACAAGAUUUCGUAUAUGGCUGGGCAGCUUUUAGCGGGCCCUUCAAACUCGCGAUCAAAGACUGUCGAUUGA